AUGCACACGGGCGAGCGGCCAUUCGUGUGCCAAGUAUGCGACAGGGGCUUCUACCGUCGCGGACAUCUCAGCAGCCACAUGGUGGUCCACACGGGGGAGUUGCCGUACGGGUGCCCAGACUGCGGCCAGCGCUUUACGCAGGCGUCCAGCAUGACGACUCACCGGAGGCUGCAGCACUCGUCCCAAAGCACUCGCCGUCACGUGUGCCCCGAGUGCGUAAAAGGGUUCACGAAGAGGUCUGAUCUCAACAGACACCUGCUGACCCACACGGGGGAGAAGUCGCACGUCUGCCCUGAGUGCGGAAUGAGGUUCGCACAGCGCCACAAUGCCAAACGACACACACAGGUCGUCCACGGCCGCCAGUACCCGCUGCAGUGCCCGCACUGCGACAAGGGGCUUCAGAACAUGACAGGCCUGAGAAGACACGUGCGCGCUCGUCACAACGACGACGACAAAGAGAAGGACGAUGAAUAG